AUGUCGUCUUUAAUACAGAAACAGCCAAAAUCAAUGACUCCAGGUGAGUUAUCUAUAACUCACAGCAUGACGAGUUCUGCAAAUGAUAGUUCAACACAUGUCAAGAACGAACGAUCAUUGAAUUUUAUCGAAGAAUCAAAUAGAGAUGAGGUAGAUUUAAGUCAAAGACUGGAUUUGAGCGUAAUGAUAGAACAGUUCAUUUCCUUUCUUGGUAGAGAGCAUUGGGCCAAGUAUGCACAGAUUACUAGUCUGUUUAUACUGGGUAAAUUAUCAAGAAAAGAGCUAUUAAAUCAAUUGAAUGAUAUCUUCCAAAAUAUUAACGAUGUACCUCGUUCUAAACUGAUACGACUUCAUAAUCAAUUACUACUGGGAAUAAUGACUAAUUCAUUGAAAGAAUCUCCUUUGGGUUUGAAAGGUGAUUUCGAUCAUCAUUCAGGUUCUAAUGGCAAUAAGUCAUGGGGAUUCUCAAAUGGUAGUGGCUCGUUGAAUAGAAAUAUUCAAAAGAGAGUCGUUAAGCAUAAUUCUCAAAUUGAAACUUAUAAAAAAAUUGUCAUGUCAUUGCCAACAAGUGAUCGUAAUAGGCUAAGAUUAAUAACAAAAGAAGCCGGUAAGAGAGGUUUCAUAUAUUGUACUGUUUUACAGAACAGACUGAAUAAUAUUCCUAAGAUUCCAACGGUGAGUAACCCUGAAACAUUGAAGAGAGUUAAAGCAAAUAAUCUCAAGACUCCAUUAGAAUGGUCACAAGAUAUAAUGAAUGGAUUCAACGCACCUUUAUCAACAGAUAAUUUCUCCUUACCAGAUUCUGAUUCUUUAUAUUUGAAGAUGACUGGUAUCGCAAGAGAAAAUGGUUUGGUCGGGACUAUCGAUACAAGAUGCGUUGAUAUGGUUUCAAAUGCUCUUGAUCAUUUCCUGAAGAGCAUUAUUGAAUACGGUAUCGACUCUGUUAGAUACAGACAGAAACGUUAUUCUGAUUAUUAUGACUUGAAUGAUGACGGCGUAUAUGUUCCAGUUGCCGAUUUAAAUAAAGAACGAAAUGCAGUUUCCGAUCUUGCGAUUGCAGAUGAUGGUAAUAAAAUAGAUAAGAUUUCACAAUUCCCUAAAAUUUCUUUGACCAAUGAAGAUAUUUAUAAUGCGUUAUCUAUAUUACCGAACCUCGUUGAGCCGACAUCAGGAGCUUACCAUAAUUUAACUACUAACGGGUUAGUGAACGAUGAUGAACUUGUGAUAAUGAAAAGUCAAAUAGACGAUUUACCUGAGUUCUCAAAAGAAAAGCCAUUGUUUACUCCAUUAAAUGAUAGAAACGUUGGUACGAGAGAGGAAUUGAACUGGUUAAUAAAAGACAUUCUGACCGAAGAAUAA